UGGAGACGACGUGGCGGACGUAGCCGGGCCCGUGCCCGCGUAGGGGGCGUGUCUAUCAGUCGGGAUCGCGCAGGACGGUGUUGGAGCUGCAGAGGGAGAGGUUCAAUCGAUUUCACCAUGCCGAUCCGUCGUGCCGUCAAUUCCCAGGAAACUGCCCCGAAGAAUCGAUCUGCCGAGAGCGAGGACAAGAAAGCAGAGCCCGACGCCAGCUCAGAAGAGUCCGCUUCCACCGGGGAGGAGCAAGAGACUGAGACUCCUCCCGCCACUUCCAGUGAGACCGAGCAACCGAAGGAGGCCGAGACCGACGAGGAGAAGAAGGGGGAUGGAGAAGUAACAGAGGAGGGCAAGAAAAAUGGGGAGAAGGAUCAGUCCAAAGAGAAGGAGAAGAAGGUGAAGAAAACCAUUCCAUCAUGGGCAACCCUGUCUGCCAGCCAGCGCGCCCGGGCACAGAAACAGUCACACGCCUCCUCCGCCUCCCGCCCCAAGAUGGACGCCAUCCUGACCGAGGCCAUCAAGGCGUGUUUCCAGAAGUCUGGGGCCUCGGUGGUGGCCAUCCGAAAAUACAUCAUCAAUAAGUACCCGUCUCUGGAGCUGGAGCGGAGGGGGUUCCUGCUGAAGCAAGCGCUGAAACGGGAGCUGCAGAGAGGCGCCAUCCGCCAGGUGAAAGGGAAAGGAGCGUCCGGCAGCUUUGUCGUCGUGUCGAAUUCCGGAAAGUCGGCGCCGAAAUCCAGAGACAAGAAGAAAAGCGCAACUACGGGAGGAGAUCAGAUCAACGUCAAGCUGGAGGACAUCUUACCUCUGGCAUUCACCCGGCUGUGCGAGCCCAAGGAAGCGUCCUACAGCCUCAUCAAGAAAUACGUCUCCCAGUAUUACCCCAAGCUCAAAGUGGACGUCAGGCCUCAGAUGCUGAAGAACGCUCUGCAGAGAGCUGUGGAAAAGGGGCAGCUCGAGCAGAUCACAGGAAAAGGGGCAUCCGGAACAUUCCAGCUGAAGCGGGCUGGAGAUAAACCUCUCCUGAGCGGCGGAGUUUUCGAGGACGCCAUCUUAUCUGCCAUCACAGCUAUGAAUGAACCCAAGACUUGCUCCACCACUGCCAUCAAGAAGUACGUUCUGGAGAACCAUCCCGGAGCGAACUCCAGCUUCCAGGUCCACCUGCUGAAGAGAACCCUGCAGAAGUGUGAGAAGAACGGUUGGAUGGAACAGAUCUCCGGGAAAGGGUUCAGCGGGACCUAUCAGCUCAGCUUCCCAUUUUACCCAAGCCCUUAUGUGCUAUUCCCAGACAAGGCAGGUAAAGAGGAAGAUGAGGACGAGUCGGAGGAUGAAUCAGAAGAAGAAGAGGAGUCGUCUGAGGAGGAAGAAUCUGAAGAUGAGGAACCCCCUCCAAAGAGGAGGAUGCAGAAAAAGGCGGCCCCCGCCAAGUCCCGGGCUAGAGCCAGGGCCAGAGCCCCCCCACCGAAGCCCAAGAAGAGCGCACCGCCCCCUCGGGGGAAAGCCAAGACCCCCGCCAAGAAAGCUCCACCAGCACCACCAUCUCCUCCCCCGGCGAAAGCCAAGAAGGGAAAAGCGGCUCCACCCCCGCCGGCCGCCUCCUCCAAGAAAGCAGCCAGCCCGGCCGCCAAGAAGCCGGCAGCCUCCAAGAAGAAGCCCGCAAAGCCCGCGCCGAAAGGCAAGCCCAGCUCGCGGAAAUCCCUGCGGUCCAGGAAGUAAAUCGGGGGGAGGAUGGAGAUGGCACGCCGCAAGAAAACAAGUGGAAGAAAAAAAACAAAAACAAAAACGGUCCAUCUUCAUUUUACAGGAAAAGGAACUUUUCCGACGUUGUGUGUUCAUUUUUUUAUUUUAAUUUUUUUUUAGCAUUUCCCUUCCAGUUUGUUUCCUGUGGAGGUGCAGCACUCAGUCUGUUUUAUUUUGGUCUAGCUGUAGCCGCUGUGCACCCCACCCCCCCUACCCCUCCCCCCCAUUACCAGCAAACGGUCCAUUUCAGUUCCCUUAUCUCCAUGAUUCUCAGUUGUGUAAAUUCUCCCGUUUAGAAUCCAACUUUGUGCUGAAUUUUUUUCUUACCGUUUCAGUUCCGGUUGGUGCCGAAACGAUGUUUUGGUUAAAGCGUUGCCGGGAGCCCGAGAAGGAUUCCGCUAGGGGCCCUUCGUCGAGACGAAGUUUUGUAAUCCUUCUAGCUGUAUUUUUUAAUAACCCCCUCCCCCCCCCCCGUUGCAGCAGUACAUAGGAUAAGCCCCCCCCCCCCAUACUGAUAGCCCCGCCCCUCCCUUCCCCCUCCAGUGCUUCAUGGGCAUUAUGGCAGCGGGCCAGGAACGCGCGUCUCCCAACUCUGUCCCUGUCUUCCUUAUAACUACUCAGAGCUAGGAAGGGGGUCCGGCAGCAUUGCGCUCCCUCCUUUUUUUGUAGUUGUGGUGCUUGACAGUUGCAGAAGUACGUAGGAUAAGCCCCUCCCCUCCAGUGGGUGUCAUGGCAGCGGGCUGGGGACACGUGUCCCCCAUCUCUGUCCCUGUCUUCCUUUAGAACUACUCAGAGCUAGGAAGGGGGUCCGGCAGCAUUGCGCUCCCCUCCUUUUUGUAGUUGCGGUGCCAGCGUACACCUGAACCCUGGGCCGCUGCCUUCCCGCCAUGACCCGCUGGCAUCUGUAAGUAUCUCACUCGCAGUGAAUACCCAGAAGCAUGUUGUACAGAAAUUCAGUAGGUUUGUCUCUCCAUUUUUUUUUUCUUAAUUUUUAUUUUAAAGCCAACUGUGUCUUUAUUUUAAUGUUUGCCAUUUUGUAAAGACUUGGGGUGAGGAAAGACAUGUGAAGAAAUGGGUAUUCUGCUGUUUGCUACAAUAAAAGACUAGAUUCUGCUAGUA